AUGGCCAGAAGCAACCAUUCAGCAGUAGCCGAGUUCAUCCUCUUGGGGUUGACAGAAGAUCCAAGGCUUCAGGUCACUCUUUUUGUCAUCCUUUUAAUCAUCUACUUGUUUAGUGUCAUGAGUAACCUCGGGUUGGUUUUGUUAAUCCAAAUCAGUCCUCAGCUUCAGUCCCCCAUGUAUUUUUUCCUCAGCCAUCUGGCUUUUGUUGAUUUCUGUUACACCUCCUGUGUCACCCCAAAUGCUCUGGUAAAUUUUUUGCGUGAGAUUAAAAGCAUAUCAUUCUAUGGAUGUGCAGCUCAAGUGUGUUUCUUCACGAUGUUUUCCGUAUGUGAAGUUUUCCUGCUAUCUGUAAUGGCCUAUGACAGGUACGUGGCCAUCUGCAACCCUUUGCUCUAUGUAAUUCUCAUGCCAAGGAAACUCUGCUUUCAGAUAGCCACUACCACAUACUUUUAUGCGUUUGUCACUGCACUCAUUCAGACAGUGACAACUUUCCUUUUGUCUUUCUGUGACUCUAACCUGGUAAACCAGUUCUUCUGUGAGGACAUCCCGCUCAUGGCUCUGGCUUGUUCCAGUACUCAAGAAAAAGAACUGAUGCUGCUGAGCAUGGCGGGGUUCAAUGUGUGCUGCUCACUCCUCAUCGUUCUCGUCUCGUAUGCCUUCAUCGUGUCUGCCAUUCUGAAGAAGCACUCUGGGGAAGGACGGAGGAAAGUCUUCUCCACCUGUGCAUCUCACUUGUCUUCCAUUGUCAUAUAUUAUGGGACUAUCAUCUUCAUGUAUUUACAACCCGAGUCUAGUCAUUCACUGAAUACAGACAAAUUUGCUGCUGUUUUCUAUGUGGUGGUGAUCCCCAUGCUCAAUCCAUUAAUCUACAGCUUAAGGAAUCAGGAGGUGAAAAAUGCGCUUAGAAAAGGGAUGGAUAAGAUCCCAUUGAAUGUAAACAAAUGA